AUGGAUGAUUGGUAUUGGAUUGUUUCAGAAACUGGACUCGUGCUCGAUGUUGCCGGGAGAGGAAAACAACCAGGAACACCUGUAACUUUGUAUACUCUUAAUAAUGAGAAUAACCCAUUCAAUCAGUUAUGGAAAAUUGAUUGCCAAUACAUUGUUAGUAAGCAAACCGGAUUUGUAUUGACACUAAGCAAUUGUCCAAUUAGAGACCCAACUUUUGUAAUCAAACCAAAGGAUCUCAAUGAUAAAGGUCAACGAUGGACAUAUGACUCGACUAACUUUACAUUAACUUGUGGUCUUCCAUUUUAUGUUGCAACUGUAUUAGAUGCUGUUAUAGGUGAUCCAAAAGCUCUCGGAGUGAAGCAUCUUGGAAAUCAAGUUCCUAAAGAGCAAAAAUGGAUUUUUGUUAAAUGCUCAGGAUUUGAAUAUAAAUAA